AUGACACCGAUAGGGGCCCCUAAAAAAACCAAGGGGGAAGAAGAACGAGAAGAAAAAGAGGCCGUAGAGACGGCACGCUCCAGAAAACCUGCAGCCGGGAACGACCCAACAGAAAACCGGAAAAAGGGGCCCCGUAAAAACCAAGAGGGAGGCACUCCAACGCGAACAAAAACCCUUACACCCAACCGGGACAAACAAGCCAAAGGGGGCAAGCCCGAAAACUCACUGGGAACCGCCGAAACCCCACAAAGAAAGCCACAAAAGCCCGGGAAAUAGCAAAAGAAAAAAAAGGCCGCCAUCAAAAACGACAACUACAAUACAAGAGCAACAGGCCAGGAGAAUCCCAACAAGCGGGAAAACCGAAAAAGAGUGGCCUAAGCCACCUUUGCUUUGAUGUUUUGCUUGAGAUGGGGCCUUGAGAUAUGUGGGUCUGCCGUUGGGGGUGUGCCAAAGUGCCGUGUGCAUGCCAUGCCUGUUGUAUAAAGCAGCGCGCGCUGCCAAGUGUCCGACCGACCCUAAGUCGCUGCUGCCCGCAAAUAUAGCUGCUGCUGUCCCGACAAUUCUGUUUGUGGCUAGUGUGUGCGUGGACUGCCGCCCCUUGCCCUUUUAAAGAAGAAAUUCCCCCCCCUCAACCCCCGAUCGAAUAAGGGCUUAUCCAAAAGACUUCGGUUUUGCGCGAGGCUUACCCCCCAAACUCAGGAAAUGGCGACGCAACACCAACCUGUUUAAUGACCGGACACCCUUGACCUACAGAGUGAUAUGGAACCAGACUGUUUAUUGACCAUCCAUUGACCUUACCCAGAGUUGUAGAUGUAACCAACUGUUAUGACCCUAAAAAGCCUUGACCUUACAGAGUGGAGAGGGAACCCUACUGUUAUUGACCAUGGCCUUGACCUUACAGAGUGGAGAUGAACCAGACUUUAUUGACCAUGCUUGGACCUUACGACGUGGAGAGGAACCAUACUGUUAUUGACCAGGACACCUUGACCUUGACAAGGUGAGAUGUAACCGAAGACUGUUAUUGACCAUCGAGCCUUGACCUUAGAGUGGAGAUGGACCCAUGCUGUUAUUGACCCUAAAAGACCCCUUGACCUUAAAAAGAGUGGAGAUGGAACCAGACUGUUUAUUGACCAUGCCUCUGACCUACCCAGAGUGGAUAUGGAACCAGACUGUUUAUUGAUCCAUGAGGCUUGACCUUACAGCGUGGAGAUGGAACCAGAAAUGUUAUUGACCAUGCCUUGACCUUACAGAGUGGGAGAUGGAACCGAGCACUGUUAAUUGACCAUGCGAAGAAAAGCUUGACCCUUACAGAGUGGAGUCUGAACCAGACGUUAUUGACCAUGCUUGACCUUACAUAUGGAUGAUGGAACCAACUGUUAUUACCAUAAAGGCCUUGACCUUCCAGAGGUGGAGAUGAACCAAAAACUGUUAUUGACCAGGACACCAAUUGACCUGAGAAUACAAGUGGAGAUGGAACCAUACUGUUUAUUUACAGGACACCUUGACUUACAAGAGUUGAACAUAUGGAACCAGACUGUUAUUGGGGGGGGGGGGAACCUGCCUUGACGUAAACCGAGUGGAGUAUGGAACCACUGAUCGUCCAUGCCUUUACCUUGACACGAGUGGAGAUGGAACCAGACUGUUUUGACCUGCAUUGACCUUACAGAGUGAGGAUGAACCAGACGUUAUUGACUCUGGCCUUGACCUUACAGAUGGAGACUGGAACCAGAACUGUUAUGCCCAUGGCUUACCUUACAGAGUGGAGAUGGAACCAAGACUGUUUAUGACCAACAUGCCUUGACAAUUACCAGAGUGAAGAUGGAACCACAACUGUUAAUUGACCAGAUGCGUUGACCUUACAGAAGUGGAGAUGGAACCAGACUGUUUAUUGACCAUAGAAAAAGAAAAAAAGUCCCUUGACUUACAGAGUGGAUAAUGGAACCAACUGAUUAUUACCAGGAACACUUGUACCUUACGAGUGGAGAUGGAACCAUACUUUUAUUGACGCAUGCCCUUUGACCUAUACAAGUGAGAAUGAACCAGCUGAUUUAUUGACCAGACACCUUGACCUACGAGUGAGUGAACCGAUACGUUAUGACCAUAGCCUUGACCGGUUCCAGAGUAGAGAUUGGAACCAGACUGUGAUUGACCAGGACCCCUGACCUUAGACAGAGUGGAGAUGGAACCAGACAUGUUAUUACCAGGACACCGGGUGACCUUGACAAUAGGUGGAGAUGGAACCAGACUGUUAUUCUACCAUGGCAUGACCUUACAGAGUGGAGAUGGAACCAGACUGUUAUUGACCAUUGGGUGCACUUGACCUUACAGAGGGGGGUAAGAAGCCAUACUGUUAUGGACGCAUGACAAGGACCUUGACCUUACAGAGUGGAUAUGGAACCCGACUUUUUGUGACUCAUUCCUUGUACCUUCCGAGAGUGGAGAGUGACCGAAUGGAAAGACUGUUAUUUGACCAUAAUUCCUUGAACCUUACAGAGUAGAGAUGGAACACAGACAGUGUUUCUUGACCAUGGGGAUCGCUUGACCAUUACAGAGUGGAGAUGGAACUUUACGUUUAUUGAAGACCAUUGGCCUUGACCCUUACAGAGUGGAGAGGAACAGACUGUUUAUUGACCCUAAAAGAUCCUUGACCUUACGAGUGAUAGUAGAUGGUAACCAUACCUGUUUAUUGUGGGGGGCGCAGGACACCUGACCGUACAGAGUGGGAGAUGGAACCAGAACUGUUAUUGACCCAGGACCGGCCUUGCCUUACAGAGUGGGAGAUGGAACCAGACUGUUAUUGACCAUUGAAAAGCCUUGACCUUACAGUCAGUGGAUAUGGAACGCUACUGUUUUGACCAUAAGCGCCUUGACCUUAAGAGUAGAGAUGGAUACCAGACUGUUAUUGACCAGGAGGACACUUGACCUUACAGGUGGCGAUUGACCAGACUGUUAUUGACGCAGACACCUUGACCUUCCAGAGUGGAGAUGGAACCGACUGUUUUGGACGCAUGAGCCCUUGAACCUUAAACGAUGGAAAUGGAACCAGAACUGUUUAUUGACCAUAUCCUUGACCUUACAUACAGAGUGGAGUGGAACCAGACUGUUAUUGACCCAGGACACCUUGACCUUACAUUACGAGUAGAGAUAGACCCAGACUUUUAUUGACAAGCAUGCCUUGCACUUACAGAGUGGAGAUGGAACCAGACGGUUUUAUUGACCAUGCCCUGACCUUACAGAGUGGAGAUGGAACCAGACUGUUUAACCCCUGCCUUGACCUUACAGAGUGAUAAUGGAACCAAAAAAGAAAAAAAAAAACAGAAAUUAUAUUGUGACAGUACACCUUGAACUUACAGAGUAGAGAAUGGAAAAAUCGAGACUGUUAUUGACCAUAAGAGAGCCGUUGUACUUUACGAGGGAGAUGGAACCAGACCUGUUAUUGAACCAUAGUCCAUUGACCUUACAGAAGUGGAGAUGGAACCAUACUGUUAUUGUGACCAGGCCUUGACCUUACAAGAGUGGAGAAAUGGCAACCACCCUAUAAUUAUUGACCAUUAGGCCCUUGACCUUACAAGUGAGAUGGACCAGACGGUUCUUGACUGCAUGCCUUGACCUUACAAGAGUGGAGAUGGAACCAGACUGUUAUUGACCUAACAUUUACCUUACAGAUUGAAGAUGGAACCAGACUUUUAUUGAGCCAUGCCUUUACCUUACAGAGUAGAGAUGGAACCCGACUUUUAUUUUGACCAGAAAGGCAGGGGACAGCCUUGACCUUACAGAGUGGAGAUGGAACCAUACUGUUGUGACCAGGACAACCUUGACCUUACAAGAGUGGAGAUGGAACCAGACUGUUAUUGACCAUGCCUUGACCUACCAGAGUGGAGAUGGAACCAGACUGUUUGACCAGGACAAACCCUUGACCUUACAGCGUAUGCGAUGGAACCAGACUAGUUAUGACCACCCCCACCCCCCCCCCCCCCCCCCCCCCCCCCCCCCCCCCCCCCCCCCCCCCCCCCCCCCCCCCCCCCCCCCCCCCCCCACCCCCCCCCCCCCCCCCCCCCCCCCCCCCCCCCCCCCCCCCCCCCCCCACCCCCCCCCCCCCCCUUAGGAACCCUUGACCUUACAGAGUGGAGAUUGAACCAGACUGUUGGUAUUGACCAGAGAUCCAAAAGCUUGACCUUACAGAGUAAGAUGGAAAGAAUCCAGAGAACUGUUAUUGACACAGGACACCUGAACCUUAAAAGUGGAUAGGACACAACAGAUCGUGUUAUGUGACCAGGUACACUUUGACCUUAACAGAGUGGGAGAUGAACCAGACUUUAUUGACCAUGAGACACCUUGGACCUUAACAAAGGAGUGGAGAUGGCUAACCAGACUGUUUUAUUGACCAGGACAGAAGGCACCCUUGACCUUUCCAGAGUAGAGAUGGAACCAGACUUUUAUUGAACCAAGGACACCUUUGACCUUCAGAGAUGAGAUGCCCCAGACUGGUUAUUGCCAUAAAACAAGGCCUGACCUUACAGAAGUGAUGAAUGGAACCGACUGUUAUUGACCAUCCAAGAGCCUUACCUUACAGGUGGAGAUGGACCAAGACUGUUUUAUUUUGAACCAUGCCUUGACCUUACAGAGUGGAGAUGGAACCCGACUGUGUUUGACCAUAAAAGGCCUUACCUUACAGAGUAAGAGAUGAACCAUAUGUGGCUUGACCAUGGCUUUGACUACAGAGUAGAGAUGAACCAUACUGUUUAUUGACAGCCUUUUACUUACAGAGUCAGAUGGAACCAGACGGUUAUUUACCAUGGGCCUUGAAACCAUUACAGAGUGGAGAUGGAACCAGCCGUUUAAUUGACCAUAAAUCCUUGACCUUACAGAGUGGAGAUGGAACCAGACUGUUAUUGACCUCAGCCUUGACCUUACAGAGUGGAGAUGGAACCAGACGUUAUUGCCAUGCCUUGACCUUCGCAUGGAGAUGGAACCAGACUGUUAUUGACCAUGCCUUGCCUUACAGAGUGGAGAUGGAACCAGACCUGUUAUUACCAGGACACUUUACUUGAACAGAGUGGAGUGAACCAGACCUGGAUUUAUUGACCAUUAGCCUUACCUUACAAGAAGUGGAGAUGGAACCAGACUGUUAUUGACGCUAGAAGAGCUUGACCUUACAGAUGGAGAUGGAACCAGACUGUUAUUGACCAGGACACCUUGACCUUACAGAGUCGAGAUGUAAAACCAAGCUGUUUUGUAUAUUACCAUGGAGCAAUCCCUUGACCUUACAGAGUGUAGAUUGGAACCAGACUGUUAUUGACAUGCCUUGACCGUUACAGAGUGGAGAUGAAUCCAGACUGUUUUAUUGACCUAAAAAUGAGCCUUGAACCGGAUUACAGAGUGGAGAUGGGGGGGGGGGGGGAACCAGACUGUUAUUAGACCAGGACACCUGCCCUGACAGAGUGGUGGAUGGAACCAGACGGUUAUUGACCAGGCCAACCUUGACCUUACAGAGUGGAGAUGGAAACAACGGUGUAUUUGGACCCAGGCCUUGACCUUACAGAGUGGAGAUGGAACCAUACUGUUAUUGCCAUGCCUUGACCUUACAGAGUGGGAGAUGGAACCAUAUUUAUUGACCAUGCCUUUGACCUUACAUAGUGGAGAUGGAAACCAGACUGUGUAUUGACCAUGCUUGACCUUACGAGUGGAGAUGUAACCGACUGUUAUUUGACCCUCGCGUUGACCACCUUAACGUGUGGGAUAUGGAACAGACUGUUAUUGACCAUGGGCUUGACCUUACAUAGUGGAGAUGAACCCGACAUGUUUAUUGACCUUGCCUUGACCUUAACAUUGUGGAGGAUGGAACCAGACUGUUUAUUGACCAGCCUUGACCUUACAGUCGUGAAGAGAUGGAACCAGACUAGUUAUUGACCAUGGCCUUGACCCCUUAACAGAGUAGAGAUUGGAACCAGACUGUUAUUUACCAUGCCUUGACCUUACAGAGUGGAGAGGUAACCAGACUGUUAUUACUGAACAAUGACACACCUUUGGACAUUACGAGUGGAGAUGGAACCAACUAUUUAGUGACCAUCGCCUUGACCUACAGAGUGGCAUGGGAACCAUACCUGGUUACGAAACAGGACACCUUGCCUUACAGAGUGGAGAAUAGAAGGGAACCAGACUGUUAUUGACCAGGACACUUUGAGCCUUCCAGAGUGCAUGGAACCAUACUGUUAUUGAACCAUUCCAUUGACCUUACAAGUGGAAUGGAAACCAGACUGUUUGGACCGGACAAACUUGCAAACCUUACAGAGUGUAUGGAACCAACUGUUAUUGACAUGCCUAAGGACUUACGCGUGGAGAUGGAACCAGACUGUUCUUGACGCAUAAAAGCCUUGCCUUACAGAGUGGAAUGUGAAACCUAACUGUUAUUGACCAUGCCUUGAACCUUUACCGUAGUAUAGAUGAGGAACCAAACUGUUAUUGACCAUAAAAAGAAGGAGCCUUGACCUUAACAGAAGUGGAGAUGGACCAGACUGUUAUUUAUGAACCAGACAACCUUUGACCUUACGAGUGGAGAUUGAACCAGACUGUUUAUUGAACCAUCGGCCUUGAAAACCUUACAAGUGGAGAUGGAACCAGACGGUUUAUUGACCAUGCCUUGACCUAAAAGUACGAGUGGAGAAUGGACCAUACUGUUAUUGACAAAUGAAGCAACUUUGUGACCUUACAGAGUGGAGAUGAUCCGAAGACUGUUAUUGACACAUGCUUGACCUUACAGAGUGGGAGAGGACCAGACUGUUUAUGAACCAUUGCCCUUGAACCCCCCCCUUUAGCGAUUGGAGAUGGAACCAACUGUUAUUGACCAUAAGCCUUGAGACCUUACAGAGUGGAGAUGGAACCAGACUGUUAUUGACCAUGCCUUGACCUUACAGAGUGGAGAUGGACCCAGACUCUUGUCAGGCUGUGUUCAGGCAGCGCGUACCUGAGCCCACACCACCCCUAUGACCUUCAAAGAAGGGUCAAAGAUGAUCCAUUAUAUUGACAAGAUGGUUGAGUGACCGCUCUAAUAACGGAUGUACACGUCCUUAAAGAUGGAAGGCAGGCGGGAGGAGGCAAGAUCAGGUGGGACCAUUCUAGCCAAUGAGAGGGCAGAUGGGUGUGUGAAUAACAGGCACAACUCCCAUAUAAAGAUGAGGGGUGUUGAAUAUUCGAUGAGGGGUGUUGAAUAUUCGAUGAGGUGUGUUGAAUAUUCGAUGAGGGGUGUUGAAUAUUUGAUGAGGGGUGUUGAAUAUUCGAUGAGGGGUGUUGUCGUCAACCGCCUGGAUUCUACGUCGAAGGUAUUUCAAAUUCAUCGACCUUAUGAAUAUGCAUAGCGCGUCUUGAAUUUCAACAGGAACAACUGGGAUAUAAGUAGUUUUUUCUCAAAGUUGCCGGAUCUCACUUAUAUACAUUAGCAACCUAAGCAUUAAAAAACGUAUAUUAGAUCAAAUAGUCCUCACGUACAGUGCCUUGCAAAAGUUUUUAAUCCCCCUUGGCGUUUUUCCUAUUUCGUUGCAUUACAACUUGUAAUUUAAAUGGAUUUUUAUUUGGAUUUCAUGUAAUGGACAUACACAAAAUAGUCCAAAUUGGUGAAGUGAAAUGAAAAGUGGUGCGUGCAUAUGUGUUCACCCCCUUUGCUAUGAAGCCCCUAAAUAAGAUCUGGUGCAACCAAUUACCUUCAGAAGUCACAUAAUUAGUUAAAUAAAGUCCACCUGUGUGUAAUCUAAGUGUCACGUGAUAUGUCACAUGAUCUCAGAAUAUAUACACCUGUUCUGAAAGGCCCCAGAGUCUGCAACACCACUAAGCAAGUGGCACCACCAAGCAAGCGGCACCAUGAAGACCAAGGAGCUCUCCAAACAGGUCAGGGACAAAGUUGUGGAGAAGUACAGAUCACGGUUGGGUUAUUUAAAAAAAUCUGAAACUUUGAACAUCCCACGGAGCACCAUUAAAUCCAUUAUUAAAAAAUGGAAAGAAUAUGGCACCACAACAAACCUGCCAAGAGAGGGCCGCCCACCAAAACUCACGGACUAGGCAAGGAGGGCAUUAAUCAGAGAGGCAACAAAGAGACCAAAGAUAACCCUGAAGGAGCUGCAAAGCUCCACAGCGGAGAUUGGAGUAUAUGUCCAUAGGACCACUUUAAGCCAUACACUCCACAGAGCUGGGCUUUACGGAAGAGUGGCCAGAAAAAAAGCCAUUGCUUAAAGAAAAAAAUAAGAAAAAAUGUUUGGUGUUCGCCAAAAGGCAUGUGGGAGACUCCCCAAACAUAUGGAAGAAGGUACUCUGGUCAGAUGAGACUAAAAUUGAGAUUUUUGGCCAUCAAGGAAAACGCUAUGUCUGGCGCAAACCCAACACCUCUCAUCACCCCGAGAACACCAAUGAAUGUUUUUCAUUGGCAGGGACUGGGAAACUGUCCAGAAUUGAAGGAAUGAUGGAUGCCGCUAAAUACAAGGAAAUUCUUGAGGGAAACCUGUUUCAGUCUUCCAGAGAUUUGAGACUGGGACGGCGGUUCACCUUCCAGCAGGACAAUGACCCUAAGCAUACUGCUAAAGAAAAUUUUGAGUGGUUUACGGGGAAACAUUUAAAUGUCUUGGAAUGGCCUAGUCAAAGCCCAGACCUCAAUCCAAUUGAGAAUCUGUGGUAUGACUUAAAAAUUGCUGUACACCAGCGGAACCCAUCCAACUUGAAGGAGCUGGAGCAGUUUUGCCUUGAAGAAUGGGCAAAAAUCCCAGUGGCUAGAUGUGCCAAGCUUAUAGAGACAUACCCCAAGAGACUUGCAGCUGUAAUUGCUGCAAAAGGUGGCUCUACAAAGUAUUGACUUUGGGGGGGUGAAUAGUUAUGCACGCUCAAGUUUUCUGUUUUUUUGUCUUAUUUCUUGUUUGUUUCAUCCCAAAAAAUAUUUUGCAUCUUUAAAGCGGUAGGCAUGUUGUGUAAAUCAAAUGAUACAAACCCCCCCAAAAUCAAUUUUAAUUCCAGGUUGUAAGGUAACAAAAUAGGGAAAAUGCCAAGGGAGGUGAAUAUUUUCACAAACCACUGUAUCAAAAUAGCAAUUCAUGUUUACCUUGACAAUUCGACACUCAUUUGCCCCCCAUACAAAAACUCCUCACCUGCUUAAUAAUUAAGGAUCUGCUUAAUGUGAAGAGAUUUUGGGCAGAGAUAUGGCUCUCGCGUCACGUCCCUCUCUGUGGGAUCAUUCAGUUCAGUCUACAACUGGGUUCCCAGCAAACAGGGGACGUCCUAAGGACAUUCGGUGACGUUGCCAUUAGGUCCCUUGAAGGGUUUCAGUCAAGAAGUUAUCCCAUUCUAGGAAUAUUAAAACAUGACGUUAACCCCAGGACCAUUAGAGGAUGUUCAGUACAGGUCCCGGUUUGGUAAUUUGAUGUCCAUUAGGGAACGUUAUGAAAAGGUUUAUAUUUGGUUCUGUUAGGAUGUUAUCUAUGGGACGUUCAAUGGCCACAAGGGGACGUUUUCAUGACGGUCAAGGGGAAGUCGCAUGAUAGGGAUGUAGCUCAGUUGGUAGAGCAUGGUGUUUGCAACGCCAGGGUUGUGGGUUCGAUUCCCACUGGGGGGCCAGUAUGAAAAAUAUAAAAUAAUGUAUGCACUAACUGUAAGUCGCUCUGGAUAAGAGCGUCUGCUAAAUGACUACAAUGUAAUGUAAAAUGUAUGAUGGUCCGGAACGUUCUCCGGGAUAGUUCCCUGGAAGUUACCAGGACGUCACUGAGGACCAUGUCAGGUCCUUUUGAGGAUGUCACCUGACGGUCCCAAGGGAUGGUCCUAUCAAUCUAUCUAUCUCUAUCUCUCUCCUCUCUCCAUUCAGCCACAAGAGCAUCAGUGAGGUCGCGGGCACUGAUGUUGGGCGAUUAGGCCUGGCUCGCAGUCGGCGUUCCAAUUCAUCCCAAAGGUGUUGGAUGGGGUUGAGGUCAGGGAUUUGUUCACGCCAGUCGAGUUCUUCCACACCGAUCUCGACAAACCAUUUCUGUAUGGACCCCGCUUUGUGCACAGGGGCAAUGUCCUGCUGAAACAGGAAAGGGCCUUCCCCAAACUGUUGCCACAAAGUUGGAGGCACAAAAUCGUCUAGAAUGUCUAGAAUGUCAUUGUAUGCUGUAGCAAUAAGAUUUCCCUUCACUGGAACUAAGGGGCCCGAACCAUGAAAAACAGCCCCAGACCAUUAUUCCUCCUCCACCAAGCUUUAUAGUUGGCACUAUGCAUUGGGGCAGGUAGCGUUCUCCUGGCAUCCACCAAACCCAAAUUCGUCCAUCGGACUGCCAGAUGGUGAAGCGCGAUUCAUCACUCCAGAGAACGCGUUUCCACUGCUCCAGAGUCCAAUGGCGGUGAGCUUUACACCACUCCAGCCGACGCUUGGCAUUGCGCAUGGUGAUCUUAGUCUUGUGUGCGGCUGCUCGGCCAUGGAAACCCAUUUCAUGAAGCUACCGACGAACAGUUAUUGUGCUGACGUUGCUUUUAUUUAAUCAAUUUUAGAAUAAGGCUGUAACGUAACAAAAUGUGGAAAAAGUCAAGGGGUCUGAAUACCAAAUGCACUGGAUUUUGAACAAUAUGAACUGGGUGUGUUGUUUUGGUUCAUUCCUGUCUGAGUGUCUGCUCUGCACGUCUCCUGUUCUCUUGUUAGUCUCACAAUCUUCUCCGUUAGAAUCCAAUCAGCUCAUGAUGCUGUGUGUCGGGGUGGGGAGGGGGGAGGAUGUUUUUUGGCAUUCCUCUGACAGACAGAUGGACAGACAGAAUCCUGGAUUCUGUUGUGUUCGUCUCAUUCCAGAAACAUUCCGUGGUUCUCCUCUUUAAACAACAAUGUUCCCAAAACCACCAGUCUCAGUUUACAUCACUGGCCUUGGACUGCUGCUGUACUGCCCUACUACACACACACACACACACACACACACACCACACACACACACACACACACACACACACACACACACCACACACACACACACACACACACACACACAGAGAGAGACACACACACACACACACACACACACACACACACACACACAGACACAGACACACACACACACACACACACACACACACAGAGAGAGACACACAGAGACACACACACACACACACACACACACACACACACAGACUUCUCCUGUGUCUCCUGUUAGCUGAGGGGAGGAGCCAGUCCUAUGUGCAUGGUUAAUGAGGUUGUGUGUGUGUGUGUGUGUGUGUGUGUGUGUGUGUGUGUGUGUGUGUGUGUGUGUGUGUGUGUGUGUGUGUAAAGGUAUCUGUGACCAACAGCUGCAUAUCUUUAUUCCCAGUCAUGUGAAAUCCAUAGAUUAGGGCCUGAUGAAUUUAUUUCAAUUGACUGAUUUCCUCAUAUGAACUGUAACUCAGUAAAAUCUUUUGAAAUUGUUGCAUGUUGUGUUUUAUAUUUUUGUUCAGUAUUCAUUACCCAGAGUCCUCCUGUGUGUCUGUUCUCUGAUAGGCUGGUCGAGGCAGUGUGAGAGCCAGUGGAAACUUCAACGCCAACCAAGAUGCAGAGACACUCUACAAGGCCAUGAAGGGGCUGGGUCAGUGCUCUGAAUAUUAUGACUGUCCACGCAAAGUGAGUGAGUAAAACAUGGCACCAAAGAUUUGACUAUGGUUUUUGUUGUUGCCAUAGGAACUGAUGAAGAUUCCAUCAUGAAGUUGUUGACGUCACGUAGCAACAGCCAGAGACAGCAGAUCAAAGCUGCAUACAAGACCCUGCACGGCAAGGUUAGAACACAACCACAACAACAACCACAACACACAAACAAGACAACCACAAAGACAAACCACAAGACAACAACAAGACAAACCACAAACCACAACACAACCAAGACCAACCCACGAAGACAGCCACAACACAACACAAACACAACCAGCAUCGGAACAACACAACAACAACAAACACAACCACAAGACAAAACCAAAACAACAAGAAAACCACAAGAACAAACCGGACACACAAAACAAUGA